GUCAUAGAUCUAUCAUCGGUGCAACAAUAAAAUAAUUCAUUUUAUAUCUUGCAUGGGUGGACAUGCAAAUUUCACAAGUGUAUGUGAAGAUCCUUUUUUAAAAUCCUGUUCUGAGUUUAGGAGGGAGGCUGUUGGCCACAAACCGCUUUAAGUGAAUCCUCUGAGACCAGAGUGCUACCUGAAGAUGACAGCACAGACUGUUGUGUUGUUGGUGUGUCUGGUGCUGAUAAAAGAGUUUUCUUGUGUCCAAACACCUACCUUCAAUCUACAAGAAGGUCCCCUGACUGCUGUAGAAGGCUCCUGCGCUGAAAUCAAGUGUUUCAAAUCAAGCAGUGUCACCCAAUCUGUCAAGGAUGACAGUGCAUACUGGUUUUGGAUUAAGGAUGCAACAUACAAAGAGUCCAAAUACGUUGGCACUAUUAUUUACAGCUCAAACCAGUCAAUACAUCCUCUAAGCGACAACCUGUAUGCAGACAAAGUGACAUACACCGGCUCUUCAGACUGGGGCAGUAACUCAGGGAAGCCAACAUGCAGUGUCCUGAUCUGUAACCUGAACAAAUCUGACAGCGGAGACUAUUCUUUCAGAUAUAUAGGAAGAGAUCACAAAUGGAUCACGAAAAUAAAUGUAACCCUCACAGUUACGGAAAACCCAUGCCCCAUCACUUUUGAGAGGCCAUCUGUUGUGAACGAAAACAGCACGAUAUCACUCAAAUGUUCCGCUCCAAGUUCAUGCACUUUAAACCUCCAAAUCAAAAGCUCAACACAACUUAUCAGCACACAGUCUGAUGAUGGGAAACAGAAAAGCAUCUCCGCCAGUUAUCAAGUGAGCUGGAAGGAUGAUGGGAGAGAAGUUUCGUGUCAAACAGUAAAUAACACAGAUGUCUAUUUGAUCCAGAACAUCAGUUUAGCUGUCCAAUAUGCUCCAAGAGAUGUAUUGGCUAAGAUGACACCUACAGGCGGACAGAUGGUCAAGGAAAAUCAGUCUGUUACUCUGAACUGCUCUGCCAAAGGAAACCCCAUGCCGACCUUUACCUGGUUUAAAAAUGGAAAAAGCCAUCAAGGAGCAGCAGAGUGGAAGUUUGCAUCAAUAAAGGCCUCAGACAGUGGAGAGUACUUCUGUGAAGCUGUAAACACAUUUGACAAAUCAAGGUCAGAUAAAGUCAGCAUUGAUGUUAAAUAUCCGCCUGAAGUUGAGGUGAAGGCCUCACCAGCUCAUGAAGUUACAGAAAGAGAUAAAAUAACUUUAACCUGCCAUGUCAAAAGAAGCAACCCAAGACACUCUGCCUAUUCUUGGUACAGAAAUAAUAGCUUGACUACUCAGAAAAAGAAUACAUUUGUUAUUGAAAGUAUUGGGCCCCAAGACAGGGGCUCAUACACUUGUAACGCCACUAACUCUGCAGGUACUGGAACAUCAGGGCAACAUCAAAUUAUAGUUCAAUACAGGCCAAGGAGUACAAACACAUCCAUCCUUGAACAUACGACCAGAGUUAAAGUUGGCGAAUCUCUCACAUUCACCUGUAACACUGAUGCCUACCCUCGCCCGUCAGACUCCACAGGCUACUCCUGGUACCGUUACAAGAGAAUCAAACAGGUUGACUCCUCACAGUGGAAAUCUCGUUCAUCUUAUGGAAGUAGCCUGCGUUUGGAGAGAGUACAAAGAACAGAUGAGGCAUGCUACAUAUGCAACGCAACCAACAGCAUUGGUACAGGGGACAACAGUAUGCCUAAGUGCAUAGAAGUGCUCUACCCUCCAACCACCCCAGCUCUGUCGAUGGAAAACAAGGUUAAGGAAGGUCAGCUCACCACCAUCAGCUGCACCGUCGAAAGCUUCCCACCAUCCAAUCUCACCUUGACAAUCAAAUCCGAAUCAAAUCCCAAAUCUUCAGAAGUGGUGUUCAUAGCACAACGCAACACUCUCCAUCACACAUUUAAUGCGACCUCAGCGCACUACGGAAUUUACACCUGCCAGGCCCAAAACGACAUCGGUUCAAGCAAAAGUAUGGAAAAAGAGUUGGUGGUGAAAUAUUGUCCCAAAGACGUAACAGUGAAAGCUAAGCCUGAUGUUGUUGUUAAUGAAAACACAUUGCUGACACUGCACUGCAGUGCCAACUCCUACCCUCCCGCAAAUUCUUUCACCUGGACAAGGAUGAAAGAUGGGAAGACUGAAAGCAUCAAAAAUACUCAGGAUGUCUCUGUCAAGUCUGUCAAACCCUCUGACAGUGGACUGUACAGCUGUACAGCCAGCAAUGAGAUGGGAACUGGAAAAUCACAGCCAGCUGAUAUCAAAGUCAGAUAUGCUCCAAAGCUGACAAAGAUCACAAGCGGAGCAGAGCAGCAGUGUCCUAAUGGGAGGAGUUCUGUGACACUGAGCUGCACCAGUCACAGCUAUCCCAAAGUCACUCAGUUUUCAUGGUACAGGAAGAUGCAGGAAGAGGAAAGAGCUGUUAAAGUGUCUGAACAUCAGACACUCACAGUGUAUUCGGACCAACCAGGAGCCUACCACUGCGUCGCAAAAAAUGAAAUAAAUCAAAAGUCCUCUGAACCCAUCCAGCUGUUUGUUAAAAAAUGGGGCUUUUUGAGGAUCUUGAUCAUCUUGUUCCUUUUGAUAAUAUUUUUAAUUGUAUGUUUCUUUGUAUACAGACACAAAAGAAACAAAUACAUCCAACGAGGAAAUUCUAACGCAGCGCCCUGUUUUGGUUCUCUGGGUUGGUGGAAUGGCACCAGAAGAAGUAAUCCCAUGAGCCGGCCCGUCAUGGCAGAGCCUUUCAGGAGCAGAGAUGACCUCUUGUCAGACCAGCCGUGCAGCUCCAACGGCCAACGACGACAGCAGCCUCGUCCAGACAGCAUACCAGCCUCCGACAUCAACGCUGUUUACUACACUGUGCAGCUGCCUGCAAGACAACAGGGUCCUUCUGGAGAGAUGCCAAUCAAACAGAAAGCUCAACACACAGAGGACGACUCUCUGAACUACGCUUCUUUACACUUUGGAAAGAAGGAAAAGAACAAGCAGGCAAAAGCAGACGUGGAUGAUGUGUAUGCUAUGGUGUCCAAGAAAAAGAAACCUAAAAAGACUGAACAAGAAAAGCAGGAGGACUACGAGAAUUUAAGGACAGCACAUCCAGCUAAAUCUCUAAAUCCACUGAACUAUGGCUCAGACACCAGUGAGGAUGAAGAAGAGCUCAAUUAUUCCAAAGUGAGCUUCAAGGCAAAGCCUGGACAUCAGCGAGCCAGCAGAGACUCCAGCAGUUCCACUGAAGAGACCCAAUACUCAGAGGUCAAAAUCUGACCAAAGAUAUUCUUCUCCUGCCGUUGUGGUACAAACGGCUUUUGGCUUAGCUAUUUUAAAUCAUGCUCAGAAUCCAACAUAAAUAAGACUUUAUCCUGUGCCAUAUACCUGUAUAUAUUUACUCCUAAAAUAACAACUGUAAUCUUUUUUGCUUUUAUAAGUGUGCAGAAGCAGUUAGCAAACUUGUGUAAGGAAACUGAGCAGUAAACACAGUCUGAAUAUUUAAGGGUCAAGUCUAAUAUCGAUUUGAUCAAUGCUUUGAUUUCUCAAAGACAUGAUGUGUGGACAAACGCUCAGAGGAUGUCAUUGGAUAAUAUAUAACGCUUGUUAUCAUGCUGGUCGUGUAGAUUUUGUUGCUCCCUGUGGACAAAGCAGUACCUUUUAUCUCUUUGCUGAAUUUGAAAUCUCCUCAUGUUUUAUUUUAACAUUUAAAUGCAUCACUCGUGAAGAAUCUUCACCGUUGCAAAUGUAUAAAAAAGGAUGCUUCGGUAGUAAGCAGUCCAAGAGUUUGUCUGACACCUACCCUCCAACAUCUGUUUCAGACAAUAAAAAUAACCUCAUAUUAUUGGUUAAUCUUUGA